GGUAAAACGGGAACGAACACAGCAUUCAGAGCUCUCAGAUCAUGGAUGGGAGGGAAGGGAAGGGAGGGUAAGCGAUGGCUUGACCAUUAAAUAAAGCGGGCUGAUGCUGCUCUAUUUCCUCCUCGCAUCAUCAUCAUCAUCAUCAUCAUCCCUUCAUUCCCUCUCCUAUCUCACUCAACUCCGUGAUCUGUUACUACGUACUCUACUACGGGUUCUUCCAGCUGGUGGCCUGCUUGGAUAAAAAGAAGACCAGGUCUUUUUUUCUACGAUAAUUCCAGGAUUCCUCUACAGUUACCUACUAUAUACUUCUGUGGUUGCAUCUAUAUAUAUACCCCUCCGUGAGCAAGCAAAAAAUCUAAAGAGGGGAGGAGAUAUUGAUCAUAUAUCUCUCUGCCUGCCUGACUUUCUACUGGAUUUAUUGCUUUUUGUUUCUGUUGUUGCUUUACUGUUGGUUUUUAUUUUUAUUUUUUUUUUUUGGUCGAAAGGAAAGGUUCAAACGGGGCUGUAUUGAACACAGCAACCCUUUUACUUCAUUGUACUUGAGAUUUUUCUAUUCAUUUACUAUUUUUGAAAGUUUGAAAGAGCUUGGGGAUUUUCCUAGCAGUGACGAGAAAGAUAAAAAAAAAGAGGGAAGAAACCGAAGCUGUGAAGGUGAAGAAGCCCCUCCAUUUAUUAUUAUCCCCCCUUCGUUGUGGUUGUGAAUCACUCCAAUCCAGGGCAGAUAAAGGGAGAAGAAGCCCUCUCUGGAAUUCGAACAAUACCCUCAUACGAAUUACUUAGCCAAGGCUAAAUAGAGAGCAGAGCAGACUGCUGUCUCAUCUCUGAGAUCUAUCUAUAUCUAUAUAUCUAUCUUUCUGUCGUUGUGGUGGUUUCUUCUUCUUCUUCUUCUGCUGGUCGCCCCCCGAGUCUUGCCGCAGCGCCCUUUCCACACACGCGUUUCUUGUCUCACGCCACGAUCUUCACGCACCCAAGGAAUCAUAAUAUUUAUUAUCCACCGCCAACUCCCAACGCCAAACACACAACUCUCUCGCCCUCAACUCCCUCCACCCAUUAACCCGCCCAAUCCACCCCGUCGACCACCCCUUCGCCUGGCCAUCAUCGCCUUUCUUCUCACGCCCUACGCCAGCUCUCCUAUUCUUUUGUUCUCCAUCUGCUCUGUUUUCUCUCUACCAUGGCAGAGGAUGCAAACCCCGCCGCAUCCCGAGGCGACUCGGUCCCCGAGACUACGCCAUCAGCAAACGCUGCUCCCAAUACUCCUGGGUCUCCACGCCCUGAGAAAGAUGAGCAGGCCGAUGUAAAAAAGCCUGAAGACGCGUCGGCCGAUGCUGCGGCUUCUGAAAAACCCGAACCCGCUGCUACGGACGCCUCAACAGACGCUGCCAAGCCUGGGUCAGCCGCUGAAACACAAGAGCAAAAGACGGACGACAGUGCUGCUCCGGCGGAAGAGACUGCUGAAACCGCUUCUCCCACCGCAGAUCGCGCCAACGGGACACCCGCUGCGUCUAAAAAAUCGAGUGCCGCAAAACGCAAGUCAACCGGGGGCGACACCAAGGGGAAGAAAUUGAACAGGAAGAAGUCUUCUGCUCGAAUUACACACCUCGAUGCCAAACCUGGAGAAUACUACAUAGCUCGUCUGAAAAGCUACGCUCCCUGGCCAUCGAUAAUCUGUGAUGAGGAGAUGCUACCGCCCUCACUUUUGUCGACGCGUCCGGUUACUACGAAGCAGCAGGAUGGCACGUACAGGGAAGCUUACAGUGAUGGGGGCAAACGGGUGCACGAGCGCACGUUUCCCAUUAUGUUCUUGUACACUAAUGAAUUCGCCUGGAUUCCAAACACAGACCUCACACCCCUCGACCCAGAGUCCUGCAAAGAUGUAAAUGAGAAGGGAAAAACGAAGAACCUGAUUGAAGCCUACCACGUAGCUGCCGAGAACCAUGAUCUUCAAUACUUUAAAGAUAUGCUUGCCGACCAUCAGCGGGCAUUGGAGCAGGACCAAGAGGAACGUGAAGCUCGCGCGGCAGCAAAGGCAGCGAAGCAAGAGAAGAAAAAGCGGAAGAGCAUGGAUGUAGCUGAUGAGCACGAAGACGAGGCAGCAGAGACAGGAGCUGAGAAACGAAAGACCACGAAGAAACGGAAGAAGGAUGGUGAGAGCGAAGCUGAGAGCGACAAGCCCGCAAAGACCCCGAAAACUGCCACUAAACUUAAGUUGACCACGCCCAAGACUCCCGCGACCGGUGAGCCAGGCAAGAAAACUGCAGCCAAACCAGCUAAAACGAAGGCCACCAGUGCCAAAAAGAGCAAAAAGGAAACAAAGGCAACAAGUGAUGAAGAUGCUACUGAAGCUCCAAAGGAAGCUGAGGUUGAGAAGCCGAUUGAUCCACAGGAAGCGAAGCUGAAGAAGGAGAAAGAAGUUCUCUAUCUUCGCCACAAACUCCAAAAAGGGUUCCUCACACGUGACCAGGCUCCCAAAGAAGAGGAAAUGGCGUCAAUGUCUAACUUCAUCCAGAAACUGGAAUCAUAUGUCGACCUUGAGGUCAGCAUCAUCCGCACAACCAAGAUCAACAAAGUGUUGAAGGCCAUUAUCAAAUUGAACUCGAUCCCCAAGGACGAGGAAUUCAAUUUCCGCGGCCGCUCCAUAAACAUCCUGAACAAAUGGAAGACCCUGCUAGAUUCUGAUAUCCCCCCGCCAAAGGAGAAGGAAGAACAGGAGCCUGAGCCUAAACCAAAGGCAAAUGGCCACAACCAGGUCAAUGGGCGGAAGGCGGAAGAGGUGACUGAAGGGGAUGAUGAGGCUGCUGGUGGUACUACUUCCACUCCCCGAGCGGAUGAAGAUGAGCCUAUGCCAGAUGUCCCAGCGGAAGUAGGGGCCAAGGCCCAUGGUGAGAGGUCAGGUUCGUCUCCUGCUGAAGGGGAAGCGGAGGCUGUGGAGGCUUGAGGCAUAAUUUGUUACCUGAUUUCUGGAGCUUUCGCCUGCCCAUUUCAUUUUUCCUCUAAAUUUUAUUUUAUUAUAUAUUUUAUUUUCUUGUGUCUAGUUUCGUUUGUUGUUUACCUUUUGCCUCGUUUGUGCGUGUGCUUUUGAAGUAAGAAGUCCGAGUUUGAGUGAGUGAAACCCGGUUUUCACGAGGUUUUCACUUUAUUUUAUUAUUAUUACGUUUUCAUUCCUCUUUCUUCCUCUGUUAUUAUUAUAUUUCUCAUUUUUUCCAACUUCCCUCGCCAUCCGAUAACAUCAAGGAUGUACAGGUGUAUUUUCUGGACAGGUUAUGUGACUCCGUCUAGUUGGGCAGUGCGAGGGAGAUGGGUCAUGGAUUAUAUGGAAUGCUCCAUGACAGAUAUAGGAAGACGGUUUGGGGGUAAGUUGUUUUCAAAAAGCAACCAUCAGUCAGGAUUAUGUAUGGGAGAUUUCUUCAUGCGCCUGUCCAACGGGUGUGAUGGGGCAAAAUGUGACCGCCAGACCAACGAGAAAACGAAGUCAGCAAGGAUGAAAGAAGGGAAAGAGAAGUGGAUAAUAAAAAGUAGCUCCGGGGUUAGGGGCAAGGGAAAGGCAUUUUGCUUGUUUGCCAGUUUGCUUGGUUGGUUGGUUGCGAUGGGAUGGUGUGUUUUGAGAAAAGAAAAAAAAAAUUUGUUUUUGCAUUAGCAAAAAAGGUAAAGCGAAAGCAAAAUUGAAAGUAAAACAAAAAAGAAAAAAGAAAAAAAAAAUUUUAAUAAUAAUAGGUUGCAUUUGAAAAGAAGUAAGCUUGAUUAAUAUAGGUGAGGAGGCAAGAGAAAAAAUAUUAGGUGUGUUCGUCUUUUUAUUUUAUUUUACUUUGCUGUCUCUUUUUUCUCUUUCUUUUUAUAUAUAUUUUUAUCUUCAACAAUUUCCUGUUUCCUGUUUCAUUUUCUUUGUUUUUUCUUCCCCCCCCCCUCCUUUUUUUGCAACCAAAAAAAUACCCUUCAACUGAAAUGGAACUGGGAUAAUAUGGCGGUGGUUUUUGUACGGCAUUUUGGGCUUUCUACUUUUUCCUCUAUUGUUUUUGUCUCCUCUCUUAUUUAUCUCUUUUCCCCUUCAUUAUUAACUCUUGAAUUACAUCCUCACUUUCUGAAGUUAUAUCUGUGUACAGUCGCUGUGCCCCCUUUCUUUUCUUUUCUUUUUUUGGUUUAUCUUGUGAUUUAACUAUUUUCAUCAAUUCUGAAAACGCGUUUUUUGUUGCCUAUUGUCCUACGCAAGCCAUCAAAGGAACAAAUACCGAUUGAUCUAUUAUGGCCUCAUAGUUGAUUUUACUAUGGCUCCUUCUGGCAGUUUUCCCCCGGUCAAAAGACAGGUAAAUUUCUUGUCUAUGUGUGAAUAAACCCUAAGAGAGAACCACGAGUUGGCAGAUCAGACAAUUGUUUUGAAAAUAUCAUAAGAAAUUGUAGUCUUGUCUUGCGACACUGACUCCCCUCCCUCACCCCCCUCUAAUUAAUUAUAUGUAGGAGGAAACAAUGAUGUCCCCCUAAAUUGUCCCAACUUGCAUAGAUUUCCCCAUUGUUCAUGAUCAGGAGGAUACCUGGCCACGGACCCGUAGGGCUAUUUGUAGAGGUAUUAAGCCGGUUCACGGUCAUCGCCAGAGAUAACUGCGGUGGAGCUCAACUGAGAUGCUUAGGUGGGCGGCUUCGAUUGAGGGAUCAAAUUGAAUCACUGGCGUAUUACUUGUUAGUACUUGGGUACCGGUACCUUCGUAGAUAGGUUACUAACAAG